AUGGCUUGUGUAGCUGUAACUUCUCUUGUAAGGACAUUAGAGCUUGAGUUCAUGCAACCUCAACUACGUCCAAUUGUACAAGACAAAGGACUCAUCUCUGGAAACGAAGAGCUCAUCAGAUCACUCCGCCAAAAGCUUAUCAAUUUGAUGGAACAGUUGGAUGAUAAUGUGCAAAGAAUCCAUGGAGUUGAAGCAAUUAAACGCUUGGAAACAAAGCUUAGAGAUGUAGCUUUCAGAGUAGAAGAUGAAAUAGAAUUUCACAUAGCAGAUCUUUAUGUGGAAAACACUCCUCUUGACCGGAGAAAUCUUCAUCGAGCCAAAGGAAAACGACACAUUAAUCCCAUCGAAGAAAAGUUGGUGGAAGUGAAGAGCAAGUACAAGGAUGUCACAGAUCUGCAAGGGACAAACACUAGUACUACACUUGAUUCCUUCCAACAUGCUUCCCACUAUGAAGGCAUAAUGGUUGGGAAAAAUGAUGAGUUAAAAAGUAUUAAGGAUAUGCUUACCCUACAUCCAUCUAAGCAACGAGAAGUUGUCACAAUUAAAGGUAUGGGAGGAAUCGGUAAGACAACUUUAGCACGGAAAAGUUAUGAAGAUUCAUCAAUUAGUUCCCACUUUGACAAGAGAGCAUGGGUUGUUGUGUUACAAUUUUAUGAUAAGAGACAAAUGCUCAUAUGUCUUCAUAAUUCAAUUUUGGAACAAAGCAAUGCGGAAAGCUUAAUUAAUGAGGAACUAGAAGAGCAAAUCUACAGAUGUUUGAAGCGUCAAAAGUACUUGGUUGUGAUGGAUGAUGUAUGGAGCAGAGAGUCGUGGGAUGCUAUAAAAGCUUGCUUUCCCGAUGAUGGGAAUGAUCAUAGCGAGAGUUGGACUCUGUUUCAUGAAAAGGCAUUGUCGGGGGGUGUAUCGUCUCAGGGUGUUGAAUUCGAGAUGAUUGGAAGACCCAUUGUUGAAAAAUGUAAAGGAUUGCCUCUGGCGAUUGUUGUGGUUGCGGGGCUAUUUUCCAAACUGAACACACUAGAUGAUUGGAAAAGUGUUGCAAAUGCUCUUGAUGGUUCAUCAACUACAACAACUAUUGUAGAAGCAUGCUCGAAAAUACUGUCCUUGAGUUACAACCAUUUGCCUCACAACUUUAAGGCUUGCUUUUUAUAUUUGGAAAUUUUUUCAGAAGAUGAAGAGAUUUAUGCUAAAAGACUCGCAAGGCUAUGGGGUGCUGAAGGACUUAUAAAGGCAUCUAAGGAUGAGAGUUUGGAAAUGGUGGCUCAAAGGCACAUAAAAGAACUUAUAGAUAGAAAUCUAAUUCUACUAAGCGAGCCGAGCUCCAAUGGGACAAGAAUUAAGACAUUUAGGAUGCACGAUGUGUUGCAUGCCUUCUGUGUGAGAGAAGCUCAAAACGAAAGCCUUCUACAUGUUGUCAAUGGAAAGGGAACCGAAUUUGCUCAGAAAAGUUUCCGUUGGCUAAGUAUCCAAUCAUCAAAGUUUGACAUCUCUAGAUUAUAUUCAUACCCAAAAACCUGCCGCUCCGUCUUUGAUAUUUGCAAGUAUCAACCAUCAAGUUUGGUUUUGCAAAAUUUCAAGACAUUUGAGAGUUUUGUACACAACUGA